AUGGAUAUUCUUGGAGAAGGGACAUAUGGUGUUGUGUAUCGCGCGGUCGACAAAGCCACAGGACAAAUUGUCGCUCUAAAGAAAGUGCGAUUGGAUCGUACAGAGGAAGGAAUCCCCCAGACAGCUCUGCGAGAGGUUUCUAUUUUGCAGGAAAUUCAUCAUCCAAAUGUUGUCAAUUUGCUCGAUGUUAUCUGCACUGAUGGUAAGCUCUAUUUGAUUUUCGAGUAUGUUGAUUAUGAUCUCAGAAAGGCACUUGAAAAGAGGAGUGGAACUUUUACCGGGAUUAUGUUAAAGAAACUUAUCUAUCAACUUCUCGAUGGCCUAUUUUUUUGCCACCGACAUCGAAUUGUGCAUCGUGACCUCAAACCUGCUAACAUUCUUAUCACAAAUGAGGAUGUU